AUGUCGAAAUAUCGCCGCAAUGCCGUCGUGCUCGAUUUCAACGUCAUGCCAGUUAGACCAGAUAUCGAAACGGUAUCGAAAUUCAUCGCCAAAGGCCUUACACUGGAUCUGAAACGGACUAAAAAUCUUCAGUUCAAUAAUUCACGAAACCACGUCAUCAUCGAGCUAGGAUCGCCGGAGGAAGCUUCGGAACUAGCUGACCAGCACAAUCUCAAACAUAACCUAAGAUGGAGUGGCCGAAACUUCGCGAUUCCCAUCUUUGUGGAAGACAACGCGAUUCAGGUUCGAGUCCACGAUUUACCGCCGCACAUGCCUAACGAUCUAAUCACAUCUCACCUCGAGGCCUACGGAGAGGUCCGUUCCAUUCGGAACGAGGUCUGGCGGGAUUAUUUUCCCGGGAUCCCAAAUGGAGUUCGAGCUGUUCGUAUGGUCCUGUCGAAGCCAAUUCCGUCCUUCAUCCAGGUGGAGUCGGACUUGGCUUAUGGCUACGAUUACAGCAACAACAACAGCAACAACAACAACAUCACAACCACCAGCACAACCACAACCAGCACCAACACCAUCAGCGACAACCGUAGAAACAGAAAUAGCACCAGAAAGAACACCACCUAA